AUGUCGGGCAUCACCAACCCACACCCCAGUCCCAAUGAAGAAUACACCGAAUACCCGCUACCAAUCAUCGUCACAGGCGAUCGGCAGAGCCUCGAGCGUGAAGCCACAGCCGACGCACACCAAUACGAUGUCGGCCUAGAGAGCAUCCAGCCCGGGCCCGAACCCGAGCGCGAGAGUCGCAUCCGACCCUCCCACCGCGUCCGAUUCCGUUCCUUGAGCCUGCGUCGAAAUGAACAUCCAGAAGACCCCUCCGAACGUCCAUUGUUGCCGCCCGCAGAUGUCGAUGUCCCGUAUCCCGGCACCAUCACCCCGCCGGCCCCCGCACAUUCCCGCCAAGGCUCCGGCCUGUCCAACUCACGCACACCAGAUGAGUUCGGCGAGUCGGAAAAGCAGGACUUCGCGGCCCCAAUGGAUAGAUCGACCUCUGCCAGGGAACGCUUCAGGGCCGCUGGACACCUCUUGCAUGAGAAAACUGUCCGCUUGACGGAGCGUCUCGGUCGCCCGCCUGACCAUGGCGAGGCCUUGAACGCAUCGUACAUUCCGGACGAUUUUGACAGCGGCAUUCCCCUCGAGGAACUGCAAGCUCGUCGCGCAAAGCACGAUGCCGACCGUGUGCGCGCCCUCGAGAACGGCGAGGAUCUGAUCGAGCCUCCGGCUAGUGCCGAGGCUCAUCGCCUCGUCCGCCAGAUGACCAUGGUCCAAGACCAAUUGCGCAAGCGCAAGCCUCAGAGCGCCUACCAGCGCUCUGGGCAGACCACUCCCGAAGGCUUUAUCAAGGGCUUCGCGCAGCGCCGCCGAUCCAGCGGCCUGAGUGGAGGAAGUGGCAUUCUGUCCCAGUUGUUGAAACUCCAGGCCACGCAGACGGGGAGCUCGUCGCGAGCUGAAAGUGUUAUCACCGAUGACUCGGACAGUGAGACACAGGUCUCCAGUGGCACCAAUACACCCAGGAAGGGCUCCCUGUCUCCCCUGAUUCCUCCGUCUGCGCCUACCUCGGGCUCUGCCACGCCGCGCCGCGAAAAGCUGAAGUGGUACAAGAAGCCUAACCACCACUCCACCGCGUCCCUUGUCAACGCGUCCAUGAACCUCAGCAGUGCGAGUUUGCCGGGCGCGGUGGACGCCGCGGCCGGAUUGCCGAGCAAGCGCAAGAGGAAUAAGCGCAAGACUCGUUUGGAGGAUGAGAUUCGUGUCACGGUGCACAUUGCCGAAAUCAUCGCGCGCCAGCGAUACAUCAUGCAGUUGUGUCGGGCGCUGAUGCGAUAUGGAGCCCCGACGCACCGUCUCGAGGAGUACAUGCAGAUGACGGCGCGGGUGUUGGAGGUCUCUGGGCAGUUCCUGUAUCUGCCUGGGUGUAUGAUCAUGUCGUUUGACGACCCGACCACGCGCACUGCUGAGGUCAAGCUGGUGCGAAUGGUGCAAGGUGUUGACCUUGGUCGAUUGGCGGAUACGCACAAUGUUUACAAGAAUGUCGUGCAUGAUCUUAUUGGUGUUGAGGAAGCGACUCAUGAGCUUGAUGAGAUCAUGCAGCGCAAGCCUCGCUUCAAUAAAUGGAUUCUGGUUCUGAUGUAUGGCUUGGCUAGCUCGGCUGUUGGCCCCUUUGCCUUCCAGGCUCGCCCGAUUGAUAUGCCCCUCAUCUUCUGCUUGGGCUGUAUUGUCGGCCUGAUGCAACAUGUCCUCGCUCCCCGUUCUACCCUCUACUCCAACGUUUUCGAAGUCACCGCCGCAGUCCUAACAUCCUUCCUUGCCCGCGCACUCGGCAGUAUCAAAGUCACGCGUGGCGGCGAAUCCCAAGAACUCUUCUGUUUCUCCGCCAUGGCCCAAUCCUCCAUCGCCCUGAUUCUCCCUGGAUUCAUGGUCCUCUGCAGUAGUCUAGAACUACAAUCCCACCAAAUGAUCGCCGGCUCCAUCCGCAUGGUCUACGCCAUCAUCUACUCCCUCUUCCUCGGCUACGGCAUAACAGUCGGAACAACCAUCUACGGACUCAUGGACGCUAACGCCACAUCCCAAACAUCCUGCAAAGGCCUCGACGUAUACGGAUCAACAUAUCUACGCCAAUUCCCUUUCGUCGCCAUCUACGCCGUCUUCCUUGCAAUCGUCAACCACGGCAAAUGGAAACAAAUGCCAGUCAUGGUCUUCAUCGCCGUCUCCGGCUACAUAGCCAAUUACUUCAGCACCACCAAGCUGGGCUCGCAGUCCGAAGUCGCCAAUACCGUCGGCGCUUUUACAAUUGGUGUCUUGGGUAAUUUGUACAGUCGCGUGUGGCACGGUCAUGCGGCCACUGCUAUUCUCCCCGGUAUCUUUGUUCUCGUUCCAUCCGGCCUUGCAUCCAGUGGAUCUUUGAUUGCUGGUGUCAAGUAUGCCGACGAGGUUCGACAGAAUCUGGCAAAUAAUGGAACAAGUACUACUUCCAGUGGUGCGCUUUCGGGGACUUCCGUUGCGAGCUUGGGUUUCGGCAUGAUUCAAGUCGCUAUUGGAAUUACUGUUGGUCUCUUUAUUGCUGCUUUGGUGGUUUAUCCAUACGGCAAGAAGAGGACUGGCUUGUUCAGCUUCUGA